AUCAUGUUCUUAUUGACCAUGGCGCGCGCCGUCCUGCUGCCCCUCGCCGUCCUGUCCGCGCUGCUGUGCCAGGGGGCCUGCUCCGGGGUGUUCGAGCUGAAGCUGCAGGAGUUCCUCAACAAGAAGGGAGUCCAGGGCAACCGGAACUGCUGCGGCGGGGGCGCGGGCGCGUCCUUCCAGCAGCAGUGCGAGUGUAAAACCUUCUUUAGGAUCUGCCUCAAGCACUACCAGCCCAACGCGUCCCCGGAGCCGCCGUGCACGUACGGCGGAGCCGUGACGCCCGUGCUGGGCUCCAACUCCUUCCAGGUCCCGGACGCCAUCCCGGAGAGCUCCUUCACCAACCCGGUCCGGAUCAGCUUCGGCUUCACGUGGCCGGGGACCUUCUCGCUGAUCAUUGAAGCGUUCCACACCGAGUCCGCGGAGGACCUCUCCACAGAGAACCCGGAGCGCGUGAUCAGCACCAUGAGCACCCAGCGGCACCUGACGGUGGGGGAGGACUGGUCCCAGGACCUGCACGCGGGGGGCCGCACCGAGCUCAAGUACUCCUACCGCUUCGUGUGCGACGAGCACUACUACGGGGACGGCUGCUCGGUCUUCUGCCGGCCGCGCGACGACGCCUUCGGACACUUCACGUGCGGCGAACGCGGGGAGAUCGUGUGCGACGCCGGCUGGAAGGGCCAGUACUGCACGGAGCCGAUCUGCCUGCCGGGCUGCGACGACGAGCACGGCUUCUGUGAGAAACCAGGGGAGUGCAAGUGCAGAGUCGGGUUCAAAGGCCGCUACUGCGACGAGUGCAUCCGCUACCCGGGCUGCCUGCACGGCACCUGCCAGCAGCCCUGGCAGUGCAACUGCCAGGAGGGCUGGGGGGGGCUGUUCUGCAACCAAGACCUGAACUACUGCACUCACCACAAGCCCUGCAUGAACGGCGCCACCUGCAGCAACACGGGGCAGGGCAGCUACACCUGCUCCUGCCGGCCCGGCUUCAGCGGCGCCAGCUGCGAGCUGCGGGUCCACGGCUGCGCCGGCGGCCCCUGCCGCAACGGAGGAAGCUGCACGGAUUUGGAAAACUCCUACACCUGCACCUGCCCUCACGGUUUCUACGGCAACAACUGCGAGCUCAGCGCCAUGACGUGCGCCGACGGGCCUUGCUCCAACGGCGGCCGCUGCACCGACAACCCGGAGGGAGGGUACUUCUGCCAGUGCCCCACCGGGUACGCCGGGUUCAACUGUGAGAAGAAGAUCGACCACUGCACCUCCGGGCCCUGCUCCAACGGUGCUCGCUGCGUCGACUUGGUCAACUCCUACCUGUGCCAGUGCCCCGACGGGUUCAGCGGGAUGAACUGCGACCGCGCCGGGGACGGCUGCUCGGCGCAGCCCUGCCAGAACGGGGGGACCUGCCGGGACGGUCCGGACGGCUACGCCUGCGCCUGCCCGCCCGGGUUCGCCGGCCGCAACUGCAGCUCGCCCGUCGGCCGCUGCGAACACAACCCCUGCCACAACGGCGCCACCUGCCACGAGAGGAACGGCCGCUACGUCUGCGCCUGCGCUCCCGGCUACGGCGGCAGGAACUGCCAGUUCCUGCUGCCGGAGCACGCGGCGGUCCGCGGCUCAGAGGCGCCCUGGAUGGCGGUGGGGUCGGGCGUGGCGCUGGUGCUGCUGCUGCUGGCCGGCUGCGCCGUGCUGCUCGGCUUCUUCCGCUCCAAGGCGCAGCGAGACGGUCCGGCGGACGCCGCGGGCGAAGGAGAGACCAUCAACAACCUCACCAACAACCGUCACCGCGGCGACAGGGACUCGGCCAUCAGUGUGGUGCCAGUGCCUGCCGUCAAGAACAUCAACAAGAAGAUGGACUUCAGCGGCGGCGACCCGGACGAGGGCUCCUCCCCCGGGAGGAGCGGCUACAAGAGCCGCCGUCCGCCCGCCGACCACAACCUGGUCCACGAGGCCAACGAUGCCCUGCUGGAGGCGGCCUGCGAGGCCAAGAGCCAAUCGCUGGACUCGCUGGAGUUCCAGGAGAAACGCAGCAAACGCCUGAAAUGCGAUGCGUCAGAAAAAGCGCCAGAACCGUCUGCAUGUGCGGACACCAAGUACAAAUCUGUGUUUGUCAUGUCGGAGGAGAAGGACGAAUGUAUAAUAGCGACCGAGGUAAGUUCCCGGCGCGAUGCUCUGCCCGGCCGGCGCCCGGCGCGACGCUCCGCCCAUCCGGCGCCCGGCGCGACGCUCCACCCGGCCAGAGGACCGGCGGUUCUGACGCCUCUGCUCUGCCCCCCAGUGCGCCCCAAGUUUUAUCAGCACGUCAGAUGUGCCACCAGAGGAGCUAAUACACUGGACAAGGUGUACUCCAACAUCAAGCUGGGCUACAAGGCUAAGCAGCUAGCACACCUGGGCCAGUCCGAUCACAUGUCCCUGCUUAUGAUCCCUGCAUACAUUCCUGCUCUGUUACCGCCAGAGCAGCUACACCUCACCCUGUGGUCCAGAGCAGCUACACCCUGCAGUCCAGAGCAGCUACACCCUGCGAUCCAGAGCAGCUACACCCUGCGGUCCAGAGCAGCUACACCCUGCGGUCCAGAGCAGCUACACCUCACCCUGUGGUCCAGAGCAGCUACACCUCACCCUGUGGUCCAGAGCAGCUACACCCUGCGAUCCAGAGCAGCUACACCUCACCCUGUGGUCCAGAGCAACUACACUCUGCGGUCCAGAGCAGCUACACCCUGCGGUCCAGAGCAGCUACACCCUGCGGUCCAGAGCAGCACCAGCCUCAUACUGGUGGAGCACGAUGUGAGGCGCACGCUGCAGGCAGUCAACCCAUGGAAGGCAGCCGGACCCGAGGAUGUCCCUGGACGGGUGCUGAAGGACUGCGCUGAUCAGCUGGCUGGUGUGUUUACCAACACUUUCAACCGGUCGCUGUCCCAGUCCACCGUCCCACCCUGCCUGAAGUCCUCCACCAUCGUCCCCCUGCCCAAGAAGCAGCACAUCUCUAGCCUCAGUGACUGCUGCCAGGAGCUCUCACUCCAGUGCUCUGCUUUUAAUACUAUCCUUCCUCUCAAGCUGGUGGAGAAACUGGGAGACCUUGGACUUCCACAGUCCAUCUGUAUGUGGAUCUACAGCUUCCUGUCGGACCGCAGGCAGAGGGUGAGGGUGGGAGACGACACAUCCGGGACCGUCAGCCUCAGCACCGGCUCCCCCCAGGGCUGCGAGCUGAGCCCACUUUACUCCCUCUACACCUCAGACUGUACCUCUGCACACCCCAGCAAUACCAUCAUUCAGUUCGCCGACGACACCACAGUAGUGGGGCUCAUCUCCGGGGGGAGGAGUCUGCAGACAGGGCUGAGGUGGAGCAGCUGA